AUGAAUUUAGCAUUAUUGGAUCCUUUUGCUGUGCUAAAAGAGUUCCCAGAAACCCUAACACAUACCUUAAACUUUGGACAUUCAGUUUACAUAAAAUACAAUAAUAGUGGAGAUUAUCUUGCAUCAGGUUUAUCAAGUGGAACUAUUUUAAUAAUUGAUAAUGAUACUAAAAACGUCAUAAGGAAACUUCAAGGUCAUAUAAGAGCUAUUCAAUCACUGAAAUGGUCAUCUUGUGGUCGUUAUUUACUUUCUUCUUCAAGAGAUUGGAAAUGCUUAUUAUGGGAUUUGAAAUUUAAUAAAAUUAUUAAAAAAUUUAAUUUUAAUGGACCAAUAUGGAAUGCAGAAUUUAGUUCUAAAAACAUAUCAGAUAUAGUUGUUGCUCUUUAUGAUAAUACACCUAAAAUAAUUGAUGAAACACAUGGAAUAAGAGAUUUAGAUGAUGAUAAAUCACUUGUUACAACUUUCCAUCCAGAUGGUGAACAUAUAUUUAUUGGUACAAAUAAAGGUAUAAUUAAAAUAAUUUCAAGAGAAACUUUAGAAGUGUUAUUUACUCAAAAAAUUUCAAAUUCAAGUAUAAAAAAUAUUGUUAUAUCAAGUAAUGGUAGAAAAAUGGCAAUUAAUUCAUCAGAUAGAAUAAUAAGACAAAUAACUUUACCAGAAUUUUCUACUGAUUCAUCAUUAUGGGAAUUAGAAACAGAUCAUAAAUAUCAAGAUGUUGUUAAUAGACUUCAAUGGAAUUCAAUUUUAUUCAAUAGUAACUCUGAAUAUUUAAUUGCUUCGGCAUUUGGAUCUGCUCAUGUUAUUUAUAUGUGGGAAACUUCAAUGGGUUCAUUAGUUAAAAUUUUGGAAGGACCUAAAGAGGAACUGGUUGAUAUUGAAUGGAAUUUUAGAAAAUGUAUAAUUGGUGCAACCGGUAUAGAUAGUGGUACUAUUUAUUUAUGGACUUUAGUUAUACCUCAAAAAUGGAGUGCAUUAGCACCAGAUUUUGUUGAAAUUGAAGAAAAUAUUGAUUAUGAAGAAAAAGAAGAUGAAUUUGAUAUUGUUCCAGAAGAUGAAAUAAAUCAAAAACAAUUGAAUGAAGAAGAUGAGCUCAUAGAUAUUAUAACAAAAGAUAAAACGGAUGCUAGAGGUUAUCAAUUGGAUAAACCAUUCGUUGUUGACAUAUGUUAUGAUCAAAUCGAGUUGAGCGAAGGUGAAGAAUAA